AUGCGGAUAGUCCUAGUUACUCUAGGACUUUUUGUGCUGUACGUGGCCGCCAAGGAUGUCCAGGUUGAGAACAACGAGGAUGCUGCUAUCACUGAGGUGCAAGCCGAGGAUGACACUGAGCUGUCCAUCGCCGAGGAAGGAUCUGCUUUGGAGCGAACUAAACGAGGCGUUGAUCUGUUCGGCUUCCUGAAACCCAAACCCAAGGAAUCUAAGGGCAAGGCCAAAGCAGCCAAGGCUAAACGCAACAACCGCCUCGCUCGCAAACGCCGUGCACACCGUGCACGUCACGUGCGCAACCAGAAACGAGCUGCUCGUCGUCGCGCCGCCGUGAGAAGACGUUUUGCUAGCGGACUCCGCCGUGCUCAUGCCAAACGCCGAAGACAUGCGCUCAGAGCUCGCAGAGCUCAUGCACGCAAGGCUCGCAAACUUCGUAAGGCACGCAAGGCUCGCAAACUCCGUAAGGCACGCAAGGUUCGCAAACUCCGUAAGGCACGCAAGGCUCGCAAACUCCGUAAGGCACGCAAGGUUAAAGAAGUGAAGACUAAAGAAUCGAAGAAGAAGAUCACUGAGAAGAAGAAGGUCACUGAGACCGCCAAGGCAGCAGACCCCACUACCGCCGCUCCAUCCACUAAAUCCGCUUAA